AUGGAACCAAGCAACAAUAUGACUUUCUUUGUCCUCUUGGGCCUCACACAGAACCCAGAAGAACAGAAAGUCCUUUUUGUGAUAUUCCUGUUCUUGUACACUUUAACCUUGGUGGGCAACCUGCUCAUUGUUGUGACUGUUAUUGUCAGUAGGAGCCUGGACUCACCGAUGUACUUCUUUCUUGCUGGCUUAUCACUUAUGGAUGUACUUUAUUCCUCAUCUAUUUCUCCCAAAUUGAUUUCAGACUUGUUCUUUGGGAAACAUACCAUAUCUUUCAAAUUCUGUAUGAUUCAACUCUUCACAGAGCACUUUUUUGGUGGGUCAGAGAUCUUUCUUCUGGUGGUAAUGGCCUAUGAUCGCUAUGUGGCCAUCUGUAAGCCCUUGUAUUAUUUGGUUAUCAUGAAGCAUAGAGUAUGUGUUAUAUUGCUGGUGGUGUCAUUGGUUGGGGGAUUUUUGCACUCAAUAGUUCAGCUUAGCACUGUAUAUAGACUCCCCUUCUGUGGCCCCAAUGUCAUUGAUCAUUUUGCGUGUGAUUUGUUUCCAUUGUUGAAACUUGCCUGCAUGGACACCCACACCCUGGGUCUCUUAGUCAUCCUCAACAGUGGAGUGAUGUGUGUGGCCAUCUUUCUUAUCCUCAUUGCCUCCUACGUGAUCAUUCUUUGUUCCCUGAAAUCAUACAGCUCCGAAGGGCGGCGCUGUGGCUCCCACAUCACUGUGGUUAUCUUCUUUUUUGUUCCCUGUAUGUUCAUUAAUGUGAGACCUGCCAAAACAUUCUCCAUCGACAAGAAAUUGUCUGUGUUUUAUGCAGUCAUAACCCCAAUGCUGAACCCAUUAAUCUACACACUGAGAAAUUCAGAGAUGAUAAAUACUAUGAAGCAGCUCUGGAGAAGAAUAGUCAUAUCACAUAGUAAAUAA